UCUCAUUAUGUCUUCAUCCACUACUAUAUAUAUAUAUAUAUAUAUAUAACUGUGGCUUUGGGUUUCAGGUAUGUUGCACGAAAAAACUUGUUCUGCUAUGGCGAACUUGGUAAGAGUGUUGGUGAUGAUAGUGAUAAUGAGUGGUGUGAGAUUUAUUAUUAUUGGAGCAGAUGGUUUGGAUAUGAAUUACUACUUGGCGAGCUGUCCCUUCGUUGAACCAAUUGUUAAGGACACUGUAAACAGAGCUCUGCAGAAUGAUCCCACUCUUGCUGCUGCUCUUCUUAGAAUGCACUUCCAUGAUUGCUUCAUCCAGGGAUGUGAUGGAUCGGUUCUGAUCGAUUCAACAAAAGGAAACACAGCAGAAAAAGAUUCACCAGCGAAUCUGAGCUUGAGAGGGUAUGAGAUCAUAGACGAUAUCAAAGAACAGGUUGAACAACAAUGUCCUGGAGUCGUUUCAUGUGCUGACAUUCUUGCAAUGGCUGCUAGAGACGCUGUUUUCUUUCAGGCUGGAGGACCAGUAUAUGACAUACCAAAAGGAAGAAAAGAUGGAAGAAGAUCAAGAAUUGAAGACACAAUCAAUCUGCCAGCCCCAACCCUUAAUGCUUCCCAGCUCAUCAGGAUGUUUGCCCAGCAUGGCUUUACUGCUCAACAGAUGGUUGCUCUCUCUGGAGGACAUACUCUAGGAGUGGCAAGAUGUUCGUCGUUCAAAAACCGACUGAACAAGGCUGAUCCGGCAUUGGAUUCGGAGUUCGCAAAGACAUUAUCGAAGACAUGCCGCGGCGGAGACAACUCGGAGCAGCCGUUCGACCCCACGAGGAACGACUUCGACAACCUGUACUAUAAUGCUCUGUUGAGGAAGAAUGGGGUUCUUACGUCCGACCAAACACUGUACAGCAACCCCACAACCAGGAACUUCGUUAAUGGCUAUGCACUGAACCAGGCCAUGUUCUUCUUUGAUUUCCAGCAGGCCAUGGUCAAAAUGAGCUUGCUUGAUGUCAAAGAUGACGGAGAAGUUCGUGAGAACUGUCGGAAAAUCAACUGAUCUUUUCUAGGCUUCCAUGGUUAUGUCUGGACACUUUGAAUUGUACUUAGUACGUGCAUGAUGGCAUAUAUUACUUGACGGUUUGAUCAUAUUUUAAUAAUUGCAUGAGAGUGGGUUGCACUAAGUUAGAAUUUCCUUUUUUAUUUUUUGGUAGCAAAGUGGGAUGUAUUCGAACAAAAUCAAGCGCUAUAAAGUAUGGGAACGGAUAUCCGAAUUCUAUUGGCAAAUAACAGAGGAAGAAGAUCGCGAGUGUUCUAA